UUUCUGAUAAAGAUGAUGAAUCAUCACAGGAUAAUUUUAGCAUGCAGAGCCCAAACAGUAACCAGGUUGUGCAACUGUCCUAAUACAUGAAUUCAUUCACCAGCCCUGCCUGCGAGGAACCAGCAAAAGGAACGCGAGAGAUUUGACAGCUAUGCCUUUGGCGGCCAGCUUUUAAAUUAGCUCUUCUCAGCCAGGAACGUCGCUUCAGUAAGGAGUGGAGGCGGCUGAGAGCUGUGGAAUCCACACCCUUCUCCCUUCGCACUUUCAUCGCUAGCUCUAGCUUGGCGCAAGGCACGCUGGGACACCAGGGAGCUCAACCACCAUCACCAAGGCAACCCGCCGGCACGCGGUUGUCAUGGAGACCGGCGGGCACCGCGGAGAGUCUCGCAGAGGGGCUGCCUUCGCCCGCACCCAGGCAGGAUGCUUCGCCGAGGCUAUAAGGCCUCUGAAAGGCGAAGACACUUGAGCGACCACCUCAGCUGGCAACAAGACCAGGCGAUGAGCAGCAGCAUCUACCUCCUACGAGAGAUGGGCCCCACUGGCUUCCUGCUGAGGGAGGAGGAGCCGGAAAACAGGGAUUUCCGAGUUUUUUUAGGAAAUCCUCAUGUUUGUAACUGCUCCACAUUUCUGAAAGGAGGAGAACUUUGUAAGCAUAUAUGCUGGGUCUUGUUGAAAAAAUUCAAGCUUCCAAGGAAUCAUGAAUCUGCUUUGCAGUUAGGUCUUGUGGAAGGAGAAAUCAGUGACUUGCUUCGAGGGAUACAUCGAGUUCAAACUCCCCAACAAGGAACAAAUAAUGAAACUGUCCAUAUAGAAGAAGAUGGGUACAUUAAACAGAAGGAAAUUGGUUCAGAUGAUAUCUGCUCGAUUUGUCAAGAAGUACUUUUAGAGAAAAAGCUUCCUGUCACGUUUUGCAGGUUUGGUUGUGGCAAUAGCAUUCAUAUAAAAUGCAUGAAGAUCCUAGCUAAUUAUCAAGAUAUGAUUUCAAACACUUCCAUGUUGAAAUGUCCUCUGUGUAGGAAAGAGUUUGCACCAUUAAAACUUAUUUUAGAAGAAUUCAAAAACUCUAACAAACUUGUGACUGCAGCUGAAAAAGAGCGACUAGACAAACACCUUGGAAUUCCCUGUAAUAACUGUAAACAAUUUCCAAUUGAGGGGAAAUGUUAUAAGUGUACCAAAUGUAUAGAAUACCACUUAUGCCAGGAAUGUUUUGAUAGCUGCUGCCAUCUUUCUCACCCAUUUACAUUUCGUGAGAAGAGAAAUCAAAGAUGGAGAUCACUAGAAAAAGGAUCAGAUGAAAUUGCAAAAUAUGUAGACAUUAAAAAUGAGAUAGAAGAGAAGAUGCCACAUUUUCAAGGAAAGCAAGGCCAAGUUUACACACCAAAACAAGUGGUGAAGUCACUGCCUCUUUCACUGAUUACAAAGAAUAGUAAGCUGCUUGCUCCAGGCUAUCAGUGUCGACUUUGUUUGAAGGCAUUUCGUCUGGGUCAACAUACAAGAUUGCUACCAUGUACUCACAAGUUUCAUAGGAAAUGUAUUGACAGUUGGUUAUUCCACAAGUGCAAUUCAUGCCCUAUUGAUGGACAAGUUAUAUAUAACCCUUUAAUCUGGAAAGAUACGGCAGGAAAUGGACACACACAUCAAUCCAUUUCAAACACAAACAUCACUCAUCUGUCAAAACAGGAUAAACCAGAACUUUUUAUUCCUGGUACUGGAUUAGUCUUAAAACAAAAUAGACUUGGAAUUUUACCUAGCAUACCUCAACAUAAUUCUGAAAAGUUGAAUACACUUGUAAGUCCAACAGAUACCUAUCAGAAUAUAACAAUAGAUGAUCUAUUCUCUAUCAAGUUAGAUGAUUCAAACACAAGAAAAUUAACCUAUGAGUAUAAAAUUAGCCAACAUUUCCCCAGGUAUCUUCAAGAUUUACCAACUGGAUCCUUUGGAAAAAUGUCAUCUCAAACAUUUCUUCCUUCUAUUGCUCACAAGAAUAUUAUAUGUCUCACUGGAAUGGAAAGCCCAUGUAUCAGUGAAAAAUACCACACUGGUCAAAGUCAGAAGAUGGCCAAAGACUGUAAACAUAUUAACCACAAUCCAAAGAAGACUUUUGGUACUAGAAUAAGAGAAGACAAGAAGAGAUCAAAUACUUUACUUCCAGAAGAUUUAAAUCUUAUUGUCAAUUGGGGUACAACUAAAAUUAGUUUGUCUAAAAGAUAUAAUAAUUGUAUGGGAAAAAUUAGACAAAAAUGUAGUAAUCUGUCAAGAAAGCCUGAAUCUCAUCCUUCAAAUACAAAAAAUCCUGAGCUAUCUUUAAUAUUGGAAGGAGUUCAGUUAUGAAGAUGUAUUUUUUAUUAACAUCAGAAAAUAUUUGAAUAUUGAACAUAAAAAUGUUUUAUUUGUAGAACAUAACACUAUAUACUCUUGACAAAUGUACACAGAAUUCUUUGUCAUCAUUUUGCCUACUUGUCUGUGAAUGACUAACUACUCUUAAAAGAAAUGACCCCAUUCUCUGUAAGACUUAAAGCAUUAGGUGUUUUGAUGAGUAUGUUCAGGAUUUUGUUAAUUAUGAAUAAUACUUAGAAAUUU